AUGCGGAUGCUCACAUAUGGACUUCCAACUGAUGCUAUAGAUGAGUACAUUCGCAUUGGCGAAAGUACUGCACUGGAGAGCCUUCGCAAGUUUGUUGCUGCAGUGGUUGACAUUUUUGAAGAUGAAUACCUGAGGUACCCCAAUGAGAAAGACACAACACGCCUACUAGCAUUGGGUGAGAAGAAAGGUUUUCUUGGAAUGUUAGGAUGCAUUGACUGUAUGCAUUGGACAUGGAAGAACUGUAAACAAGAAUGCACAACUCCACAGGUUAAUUAUACAGUUAAUGGGCAUGAAUAUACGAUGGGGUAUUAUCUUGCAAAUGGAAUAUACCCAUCGUGGGCUACAUUAGUGAAAACCAUCAAUCGUCCAGCGGGGAACAAGGAGAAAUAUUUUGCGAAGGCACAAGAAGCAGCAAGGAAGGCAGUGGAGAGAGCUUUUGGUGUUCUUCAAGCAAGUCAAUCUGUCAUUUUCUGA